GGGUUUAGCCUGAUUUGUGUUUACUGGAUGUGAUCUGCAGAAGAGAUGAGAGCUUUCAGCUGAGCUCUAGCUUGGGGACAUAUUGUGGGGGGGGGGAGAGACGAGACAGCUAGGGAGGUGUGUCUCUCUCUGUGUGGCUUAUUUCCCCUCCCUUAAGAGAUUGCUCUGUUCUCUCCAUAGAGCCUCUCUGAUCGCACCGUUGGCAAGGACCUCCAGAGCACGAGGACAGGUCAACGGCAAUGGUGCACAACCUUUUUUUAGUCCAUUUUCACCCAAUGACGCUCAGAGAGCUGACAUGAGCUCAGCUUUGGUGUAACACGGCCUAGAGGGAGGGAGCUGAAAUACCAUCCACUCUUCUGUAAAUGCCACAACACCACCAGCAUUCCUUCUCCAUCCACAGACCACUUUCAGUGCCCGCUUUUCCAUGGCAUCUGUCCAGGAACCUGAGCCUUGACAUGAAAGGAGGACAGGGGCACCAGGGUAGUUCAUUCUCCCCAACCAGCUCAGUCCUGAGCUGAGACAUUUUCUUUUGCCAAAUGACACGGUGCUACUGCAAUCUUCCAUGGUUCUUCCAUUGACAAGCUGAAAGCUGGAUUUUAGCCUCAGUGCCAGGGGAAAAGACAACAACUGUGUUUGCUGCUAGGACCAAUUCUACAUCCCGAGGAACACGCAAGGACAUUCAGCUGUCACUUCCAGGAGGCAAAAGAACUAACUGGGCUGAGGACAAAUACCGGCUUCUGCAAGGGAUUCUUUACAGAACACAAAAUUGCUGCUUUUUCUUCCCUGAAGUCUUGACUCUUUGAAAGCUGCACUGUUGGCCACCAUUACAAGGCAGUCAGUGGAGUCAUUAACUAACUGGGAUGCCUGCAUGGCAACAUUACUGAUGCUUAACAGAAACAGAGGGAUGAGGACCCGCCUGGGCUGCCUAUCUCACAAAUCUGACUCUUGUAGCGACUUCACGGCUAUCCUUCCAGAUAAACCCAACCGGGCCUUGAAAAGAUUAUCAACAGAAGAAGCUACAAGAUGGGCAGAUUCCUUUGAUGUUCUUCUGUCCCACAAAUAUGGAGUGGCUGCAUUUCGUGCCUUCUUGAAGACAGAAUUCAGUGAAGAAAACCUAGAAUUCUGGUUGGCUUGUGAGGAAUUCAAAAAGACACGGUCAACUGCCAAGCUCGCUUCGAAGGCCCAAAGGAUUUUUGAAGAAUUCAUUGAUGUGCAAGCACCACGAGAGGUUAACAUAGACUUCCAGACUCGGGAGGUGACAAGAAGGAACAUCCAAGAGCCCUCACCAUCAUGUUUUAACCAGGCCCAGGGGAAAAUCUACAACCUUAUGGAAAAAGACUCUUAUCCCAGGUUCCUGAGGUCCAAAAUUUACGCAGACCUGCUGUCUCAAACCCAGAGGAGGCUCAGCUAGAGCAGGGACGGGUGGGUAGGAGCUGCCCCUCCUUAGACACGAUGAGGUCUCUGCACCAGCCAAAUUCAUUCCCAUACGUGAAAUUUAAGUUCAUUGGUGUUAUCACAGCAGUAGAAUGAGGUGGGGAAUGGAACAGAAGAAGCAUGGAGGGACAGGGGCUGUGUGUGUGUAUGUAGAAUAUUUCACAUCACAAGUCCAGUGUACACAAAUGUCUUGGUUUUUAUUUGAAGCACAGGUAUACAAACAGCAGUGAAACUGUUUCCAGUUGAUCCUCCUUUCAGGAGCAUAACAUCUGCUGUAUAUUUUAAUGGUCAAUUUUGGUAAUCAUAAAGCCAGGCUUCCUAAAAUUUUACUAUAUCAGGCUAAUCCGCAAACAAACAUCAGAGUCAGGCCAUGGGCAUCAAAAGCACAGCCAUACCAAGUACCUGCUAGAUCAGCUAGGACAGGGGUCUAGCCCUUGUCAGCAAACUCCAUAAAUCACUGGCUGGAAGUUCAAAGAACCUGGUAGACCGAACAGUCCAGAUUGCAUCUACGUAUUCAUCAUUAACCAGAAUCAGAACAAGAUACAGGACAGUAGCAAGCAAACGAAGAGAUAGGCAGACCUGUGGCGGUUGUAGAAUGGCAAGGAAGGCCAAAAGUUUGCGCUGCUUCAGGUCUGGCCUGAGACCCUUGGAAUCGAGAUUGGGAGAAGGAACAAGAAAGUCAACGCCAGACAUUUUGAAUUUCCUGAAGGCAGAGGAAGAAGUGGCUCUCAAAAUCCACCUAAAUCAAGUUACAGAGUAUCUAAAGCCAGCCAAGUUAUUUUGUCAUACAAUCAGAUAAAAAUCUCAAAAGCUCCUUUCCUCAAUCCUGGUAGUUAAAACAGAACAACAAAUUAAAUGGUUAAGUGUUUGACCGCUUGCUCUGUCUCAGGAUAGGGCUGGCCCCAAGGAACAGUCUAUCUUGGGAUUAUGCUAAGCAGAACUUUUAGGGGAGAGUAUAUAUACAGCCACCUCUCCCUCUACUUUGCAGUUUAUUUAUUACUUAUUUAUUUAAACUUUUUUAAAUCAGUCUUUCUCCUUAAAAAGGACCCAAGGUGGC